AUGUGGUUACAGGAGGAACUAACCUCACUGAAGUUCUAUGUGGUCCCAGAGGAACCAACCUACACGAAAGUCAAUGUGGUUACAGAGGAACUAACCUCACUGGAAGUUCUAUGUGGUCCCAGAGGAAAACCAACCUACACGAAAGUCAAUGUGGUUACAGAGGAACCAACCUCACUGAAGUUCUAUGUGGUCCCAGAGGAACCAACCUACCCCGAAAGUCAAUGUGGUUUACAAGAGGAACUAACCUCCUUGAAGUUCUAUGUGGUCCCAGAGGAACCAACCUACACUAAAUUCUAUGUGGUCCCAGAGGAACCAACCUACACGAAUGUCAAUGUGGUUACAGAGGAACUAACCUCACUGAAGUUCUAUGUGGUCCCAGAGGAGACAACCUACAAAGUCAAUGUGGUUUACAGAGGAACUAACCUACUGAAGUUCUAUGUGGCCCCAGAGGAACCAACAUACACGAAAGUCAAUGUGGUUUACAGAGGAACUAACCUCACUGGAGUUCUAUGUGGUCCCAGAGGAACCAACCUACACGAAAGUCAAUGUGGUUACAGAGAACUAACCUCACUGAAGUUCUAUGUGGUCCCAGAGGAACCAACCUACACGAAAAGUCACCGUGGUUACAGAGGAACUAACCUCACUGAGGUUCUAUGUGGUCCCAGAGGAACCAACCUACGAAAGUCAAUGUGGUUACAGAGGAACUAA